UUCAGACUUGAUCUUGGAGAGCUGCAAUAUGCCAUGACUAUGAUCUUUGCCAUAGAGGAGAUUAACAACAGCACUGAGCUCCUGCCGGGCUUCACGCUGGGAUAUAAGAUAUUUGGCUCUUGUCCCAGCGUUCCCCUAUCUGUGGGGGCUUCUCUUGCCAUGAUGAAUGGUCCUGUGUCAGAGAGCUGUGUCACACCUAACACUGUGCAUGCAGUCAUAGGGGAAACCACAUCCACUGCCACCAUAGGCAUUGCGAGGACCAUGGGUCCAUUUCACAUUCCUGUGCUCAGCCAUUCAGCCACAUGCGCGUGUCUGAGUAACAGGAAAGAGUUCCCCUCCUUCUUCAGAACUAUUCCCAGUGAUUACUACCAGAGUAGGGCUCUGGCAAAGCUGGUCAAGCAUUUUGGCUGGACUUGGGUAGGGGCCAUCAGAAGCAGGAGUGAUUAUGGAAACGAUGGAAUGGCCACUUUCCUUAAUGCAGCUGAAAAAGAGGGUGUCUGCGUUGAAUAUUCUCUGGCUAUCUAUAGGACUGACCCACAUGAAAAGUUUCUUGAGGUGGUCGAUGUCAUCAAGCAGUCUACAUCCAGAGUGAUUGUGGCUUUUGCAGAUGGUAAUGAUCUAGACAUUCUCCUUAAAGAACUCUUUCUCCAGAAUGUAACUGGCUUUCAGUGGGUUGGCAGUGAGGGUUGGAUCACAUACAGGUAUGUCGCCACGCAGACAAACUAUGCAGUAGUUGGUGGGGCAGUGGGCUUUGCUGUGCCCAAUGCAGUCAUCCCUGGAUUGAAGGAGUUCAUGUUGGAUGCCCGUCCCUCAAUGCAGCCUGGGAACCGGGGGCUGGUGGAGAUGUGGGAAAGUGUGUUUGAGUGCAGCUUUGACCCUCACUCACACAGCACAGCCAAAGCUUGCACAGGGGAGGAGUCCCUGGGAGACACACACACUCGUUUCACAGACGUGUCAGAUGCCAGUCUGCUAAACAACAUUUACAAGGCCGUGUAUGCUGUGGCACACUCUCUAGAUGAACUUGCAUGUGAAAAUUAUCGAGACCCAUUUGCAAAUCAGUCCUGUGCAAACAAAAACCAAAUUGAACCAUGGCAGGUCUUGCAUUAUCUGACCAUGGUGAAUUUUACCACAAAGCAAAAGGAAAGGGUAUUUUUUGAUCACCAUGGGGACCCAGCUGCUCGAUAUUCCCUAGUAAACUGGCAGAUGAACUCUGCUGUCACCAUCACCUUUGAAUCUAUAGGCAUUUAUGAUGCAUCUCUACAGGAAGGACAGCAAUUCAUGGAAAAUGGUGUCACUGCAGUUUGGGCUGGAGGCCAACAGGAGGUACCAAGGUCUAUCUGCAGUGAGAGCUGCUUGCCAGGCACUCGGAGGGCUUUCGUAAAAGGAAAGCCCAUCUGCUGCUUUGAUUGCAUCCGCUGUGCAGACGGUGAAUUCAGUAACACCACAAAUGCAGACACAUGCUUGUCCUGUCCACCUGAAUUCAAGUCAAAUGAAGAGAGAACUCAGUGUGAUUUGAAAAAUACAGAAUACUUACAUUUUAAGGAACUAAUGGGGAUACUGCUAGUGACAUUCUCUGUGUUUGGUGGAUGUUUCACAAUCACAAUAGGCCUAGUAUUCUUCCACUACAGGCAAACACCUAUUGUUAGAGCCAACAACUCAGAGCUGAGUUUCCUGCUGCUCUUCUCACUGACUCUGUGUUUCCUUUGCUCUCUUACUUUCAUUGGUCGGCCCUCUGAGUGGUCCUGUAUGUUGCGUCACACAGCGUUUGGGAUCACCUUUGUUCUCUGCAUCUCCUGUGUUCUGGGGAAAACAAUAGUGGUGUUAAUGGCCUUCAGAGCCACUCUUCCAGGCAGUAAUGUCAUGAAGUGGUUUGGGCCUCUGCAACAGAGACUCAGUGUUCUUGGCUUCACUCUCAUACAAGUGCUUAUAUGUGUCCUGUGGUUAACUAUAUCCCCUCCAUUCCCAUACAAGAAUAUGCAUCACUACAAGGAUAAGAUCAUUCUUGAAUGUGAUGUGGGUUCAGCUGUUGGAUUCUGGGCCAUAUUAGGCUAUAUCGGACUCCUUGCACUCUUGUGUUUCAUACUGGCUUUUUUGGGUCGUAAAUUACCUGAUAACUUUAAUGAAGCCAAAUUCAUCACAUUCAGUAUGCUGAUAUUCUGUGCAGUCUGGAUCACUUUUAUUCCUGCUUAUGUCAGCUCUCCUGGAAAAUUUACUGUAGCAGUUGAGAUAUUUGCUAUUUUGGCAUCUAGUUAUGGAAUGCUUUUCUGUAUAUUUAUCCCAAAAUGUUACAUAAUUUUACUCAAACCAGAGAAAAAUACAAAGAAGCAUGUGAUGGGAAAAGUGUCAACAAAAGCCCUCUGACUGUGCAACCCUUGUUUUACUGUAUACUGUGUAGCCUGUGCAACAUUUAGUUGUAGGUUGCUUUUGUGGAAAAUGUUGAAAAAUUGCUCUUAUGUAUUGGAAUAAAAUGUGCUUUUACAAACUUUCCAAUAAA